UGACUUGAUUUCCAAACAGUUCUAAAGAGCCGCUUUGGUGAAUUAGAGCGUUCGUCAUGCCUCCGCCUGUCAGAGGGGGACCCAGUGAGCCAUUUGAACAUACACAACGCUCCCCGAGCGACACACAGACACGCACAGACACACAAAGCCAAUUAGAGGAAGACCUGUGUGUUGCUGCCCCCCAGUGGCCACCUUGCUUGCUGCUUCCUCCUGCUUCCAAGAGGUCAAUGCUGAGAGCUUCGUGAGCAUCUCUCUCCUCACUCCCUUCAUGCAGCGCCGAGCUGCUGCACCAGCACACCUUUCAGCAGCGCCCCCCCCCCACCCUACAGCACCCACCCCCCUCAGCUCACCCCGCGGAGCGCUCGCAGUUUGCAGAUGCCGACAGAUGUGCCCGAGGACAAGCUCAACCACGAGGAGAAGGCGACCAAGUGCGACAGCAUGACUCUGUCCAGCGCCCCGGCUGUGCGCAGAGGAAGCACCCCUCUGCCCAUCAAGCACCAGCUCAGGCGGGAGGAAGCCGUCCACGAUGACGGCGAUUGGACUUCGGGGGCGGCCGGCCCUUCCGCCGCGGCCGGCGGCUUCAGCCCGGCGCUGGGCGAAUACCCGACCCUGGCGGCGGAGGGCCGGCCCGACGGGCCUCUGAGGAUCGCCCUGCUGGGGCAGAACGGCGUGGGGAAGUCCUCUCUGGCCGUGGCCCUCGGCGGGGACAUGGACAGGACGGCGUCCGUGGAUUCCGAAGGGGAGGGUUACGUACGCACGGUCACCGUGGACGACGAGGACAGCACCAUCAUUAUCUUUGACAACUGGAGACAGGACCUCUCGGCUCUGCAGUGCGAGGUCGGCGUUUUGGUGUUUUCGGUGACCGACCGGCGGAGCUUCCACCGAACGGCUCAGCUGAGGCUCCUCCUGAGGGAGACUCAGCCCCAAACACCCAUAAUCCUCGUGGGCAACAAGAGCGACCUGGUCCGAACGCGCGAGGUCACCGCUCAAGAAGCCAUGUCCAGCGCCGCCCUUUUCAAAUGUCUGUAUCUGGAGAUCUCGGCCUCCCUGGACCACCGCACUCCGGAGCUCCUGGAGUGCGCGGUGCGGCUGGCCAGGGGUCAGUCCCCGUGGCCCCCGGGGUCCAGCGCUGAAGACAUGAGCGGCGGGGGGGGGCAGCGGGGGAGCAUCACUUCCCGCGCCAAGCGCUUCCUGUCCAGCCUGGUGCCUCGGUACCCGCGGGAGCGAGAGGGCCGGUUCCUGAGGCAGAAGUCCCGCUCGUGCCACGACCUGGGGGCGCUGUGAUCGCCGCGUGGGGGGGUCACAACCCGAGGUACACGGAGAGACGGUGGAGAAGGAGUGUCCAUCCAUCACGAGACGAUGCAGCCAAGAUGCUGCUGCUGAAGACAUGUAAAUAAACUCGAGCACUGACCCAUAGCGACGUGUAGAUCAGUGAAUAAAUCACUUUUUUGGAGUCCUGA